AUGACUCAAGACAUGACAUCCACGAACUGCAUUCUGGAUUUGAUGCAAAGGUUUCGAGGUUCAAGAAAACUUGUUCUUCUAAUCGUUGCUAUUGCACUGCUCUUGGACAACAUGCUUCUCAGCUCUGUAGUGCCCAUCAUCCCCGCAUAUCUCUACGAACUUCAUCACGAACAAGACUUAAAGAGACUUAACCUAACCGACACAACAGCACCAGCGACGACCCCGGAUCUGCGAGAGAUCUGCGAUCGACUGCGAGAUCAGGACAACGCAGAAUCGGAUAACGGAAAAAGGAGGAAACAGAGAAAUAAGGGGCGGAAGAAUGCUGUCUAUAGCACCACGGAAGUUUCGGAAACUACAACAGAACCUCCGAUUACCACCUUGUCACCUGAAAUGAAAGAGUUGAGGCACAGUGAGUUGGUGAAUGAGAAUGUAGAAGUAGGAAUCAUGUUUGCAUCAAAGCCUAUCGUCCAAGCGGUGACAAAUCCUUUCAUUGGUCCACUCACGAACAGAAUUGGAUACAGUAUUCCAAUGUUCAGCGGGUUCGUUAUCAUGUUUCUUUCAACAUUGAUUUUUGCUAUGGGAACAAAUUACGCCAUUUUGUUUAUUGCCCGAUCUUUACAAGGAGUUGGAUCAGCAUGUACCAGUGUCGCUGGAAUGGGCAUGCUGGCAGCCUUCUAUCCAGACGACAGAGAGCGGGGGAAUGCGAUGGCCAUCGCUCUGGGGGGCCUGGCCCUGGGUGUGAUGAUUGGGCCCCCUUUCGGUGGCAUCAUGUACGAGUUCGUGGGCCGUGCUGCUCCUUUUCUCAUCCUCGCAUUCAUAUCUUUGUUCGAUGGAAUUCUGCAGCUAAUGGUACUACAGCCCAAAGUGACGAAAGAAGAACAAGAAGGGGCUUCUAUAUUCACACUUAUUCGCGAUCCGUACAUUCUAAUUGCAGCCGGAGCCAUCACAUUCGCCAACAUGGGCAUCGCCACUUUGGAGCCUUCCCUGCCCCUGUGGAUGAUGGACACCAUGAACGCCCCGAAGUGGCAGCAAGGUGCGGCUUUCCUGCCAGCCAGUAUAUCCUACCUGAUAGGAACGAAUCUUUUCGGUCCCUUGGGGCAUAGGAUGGGCAGGUGGCUAUCUACUAUGGUAGGAUUGUUAAUCAUUGGAGUAUGUCUUUUACUGAUUCCCAUGGCUCGAAACAUAACGCAUCUCAUUGUUCCAAAUGCUGGAAUAGGUUUCGCUAUAGGCAUGGUUGAUUCUUCGAUGAUGCCGAUGCUAGGAUACUUGGUCGACAUCAGACAUACGUCAAUAUAUGGAAGUGUGUACGCCAUAGGUGACGUGGCAUUCUGUGUGGGAUUUGCUGUCGGACCUAUGCUGAGUGGCAGUAUUGUCAAAGCCAUUGGUUUUACUGGGCUCGUGUAUUGCAUCGCUGUUGUUUGUUUCCUCUACGCGCCUCUGAUGUUUCUUCUACGAAAACCACCGGGGAGAGCGGAAGAUCAAGUACUACUAAAAGACACCGCAAUCCGUUAUGUCAGCUACACAAACGACGAAUCACCGGACGAAGAAGAUUUUAGAAAACCACAACCGCAGCAACAAGAGUGGGUAAAGUGA